AUGCCUGCAAAGUCGCGGUUCACGAAGCUAGACGCCUUCGCCAAGACCGUCGAAGAUGCCCGUAUUCGCACGAACUCCGGAGGUGUCAUUACAAUCGCUUCGCUCCUAAUUGUUCUAUGGCUGGUAUGGGGCGAAUGGGCCGACUACCGACGAGUUGUGGUGCUGCCAGAGCUUGUUGUCGACAAAUCUCGAGGAGAGCGAAUGGAGAUUCACUUGAACAUGACAUUCCCUCGGCUGCCAUGUGAGCUGUUGACCUUGGACGUCAUGGAUGUCUCUGGUGAGCAGCAGGUUGGCGUUGCUCAUGGCGUGAACAAAGUCCGCCUGAGCCCUCACUCCGAAGGAGGCAAGGUGAUUAAUGUUCAGUCCUUGGAUUUACACUCGCCAUCUGAGAUCGCAAAGCAUCUGGCUCCGGAUUACUGUGGUGAAUGUGGUGGAGCAUCGCCUCCACCAAACGUCAUAAAGCCAGGAUGCUGUACUACUUGUGAGGAAGUGCGCGAGGCUUACGCCGAGAAGCAAUGGGCCUUCGGUGACGGUAGCAACAUCGAGCAGUGCAAACGCGAGGGAUACGCCGAGAAGCUUGCAGAGCAGCGCCGCGAGGGAUGUCGGAUUGAGGGUGUGCUAAAGGUAAAUAAGGUGGUGGGCAAUUUCCACAUUGCACCAGGCCAUAGCUUCACCUCCGGCAACAUGCACGUCCACGAUCUGGACGCCUACGUUGUGCCCAAUGCGGCACCGGCUGACCAGCACACCAUGUCCCACAUAGUCCACGAGCUUCGCUUCGGGCCCCAGCUUCCUACAGAGCUAGCAGGCCGCUGGGGAUGGACCGAUCACCACCACACUAACCCACUCGACGAUACCAAGCAGGAGACCGAUGAACCCGGCUACAAUUUCAUGUACUUUGUCAAGGUUGUCUCGACGUCCUACCUGCCUCUAGGCUGGGAUCCUGCCUUCUCGUCGUCUAUCCACACUGCCUACGACAAGGCGCCUCUUGGCUCCCACGGCCUCGCCUACGGUGAUCAGGGCAGUAUUGAGGCCCACCAGUACUCGGUCACCUCACACAAGCGUCCCCUCUCUGGUGGCAAUGAUGCUGCAGAGGGCCACAAGGAGCGCGUGCACGCCAGUGGUGGCAUCCCAGGUGUCUUCUUCAACUACGACAUUUCCCCCAUGAAGGUCAUCAACCGUGAGGCUCGCCCGAAGUCUUUCACUAACUUCCUGACUGGUGUCUGUGCUAUCAUCGGUGGUACUUUGACUGUCGCCGCUGCGUUGGACCGCGGUUUGUAUGAAGGCGCCAUGCGCGUGAAGAAGCUGCAUUCAAGCUAG